AUGGGUGGCAAACAAGCGGGUCGGGUUGGAUAUGGUUCGGGUCGAAAAUGGAUAAUGCCUCCAACUACUUGGGAAGUUAGAGGCGAGAGCGACCAGAAAGUUGCAAAGAAGGCUCAUGAAAUACCCUCUAACUACUUGAGAAGAAAUCCACAAUGCCUAUUACACCGAGAAAGGGGUCACAAAACCGAAGAUUGCAUAGGAGUGCGACAGGUGCUGAGCGAUCGAGGACGGACUAACUUCGCCCACAGAUGCGAACAGCCCCAAGGACAUCCAAAACCGCCUUCUCCCGCUCGCACCAUACAGAUGAUCAUCGGUGGGGGUGAUGGCGCAACGAUCAAUCAUGUCAAGUUCACCACCACACACAAACUCAAAAGAACAAUCACCCACAAAUGGUAUGAUGACCUCGAAGAGAGUAUCAUUUUCGAUAAGUCAGAUGUCGAUGGUUUGUCUUUCCCUCACUAUGAUGCUCUUGUUAUCACUUUACGUAUCGCAGAUACUAAUGUAAAAAGAAUAAUGGUAGAUGACAGGAGAGGUGCGUAUAUUAUCCAUCCUCGAGUCCUCGUGCAGAUAAGACUCGAAGAUAAAAGAAUACCGCACUGUAUAAUGCUAAUAGGUUUUAAUAAUGUAGUUGAACGAACCUCUAGAGAGAUAGUGCUACCUAUCCUAGUCGGAGGAGUCACCCUGGAAACAACAUUUUGCAUCAUGAACCAGGAAACAGCUUACGACGACAUCAUAGGGCGCCCGUGGAUACACGCCAUACGAGUGGUCCCAUCCAGUUUCUACCAAGUGAUCAAGUUUCCUACCCCAUGGGGAAUAUUCAGCAUUCGAGGGGAGCACCGCACCACACAAGAAUGCUAUCGCAUCACCCAAGAUUGCGCAUAUACCCAACAACUCAAAGGAGCAAAUGCGGAAGCAUAG